AUGUAUUCCCGCGAACAGUUCAUGAACCCCGGUCCUGCACCACGGCCACCCACCGAUCGUCCUCGUCUCGCCCUUACCCCAAACACUAGCAAUACCCUACCAGGCAACAUGGCAGGCCUCAGUCUACAGUCGCCGGCUUUUAACAGCUCGCAAACGUCCCUUGUACGAACACAAACCGAGAAGAGUGUUUCGUCUACAGCCGUCGUCAAGGAGGGCAUGGUCAAGGUCAAGGAUGAGGGUCUCUUCAAGUCGUUUGUCUGGGCAGACCGGUGGCUGGUCUUGCGCGAGUUCGAGCUGAACUUCUUCAAGAGCGCGAAUGCGUCCAAAGUGUCGAACACGAUACAGUUGCGAGACAUUCUUGGCGUGGAGCGUUCAGACACGCAGCCGCUGUCCUUUGAGAUUACAAGAGCACUCAAUUCGAGCAAGGGCUCCUCUCCGCCUCGCGAUGGACCCACCAAGAUCAUCACUUGUAAGGUCGAAACCGACGACGAUGUUUACUCGUGGAUAGACAGCAUCUACCAGCGCUGCCCCAGCAUGGGCGGCGUCAGCAACCCCACUAACUUCACCCACAGAGUGCAUGUUGGCUUUGAUCCCAACAGUGGGGCUUUUGUUGGCUUGCCAGUUGAAUGGGAAAAGCUUCUUACAGCUUCUGCACUCACUAAAGAUGACUACGCAAAGAAUCCCAAAGCCGUGCUCGAGGUCCUGGAGUUUUACACCGAGAAGCUCGUCAAGCGAUCUGAGGACCCCCAACAAUACUCCAGUCUUACCCCAACCCCGCCUGUGAACGCUGGAAUGGAAAAGCAGCUCGGUUAUGGCGGUAGCGGCAACUCUGUCGCGCCUCCACGUCCUGCUCCCCCAGGCGCCUACCAACGCAAGGAUAGCUAUAGCCUUGGACGCCAGGAUACCCCUCCAGGUUCUGGCUAUCAGACUCCACAGAACUCUUCGCAGCAGGAUCGCUACGAACAGGAAAAGCGAAGGCAGGAGGAACAGGUACGGAUGCAGCGCGAGCGUGAGCGAGAUAGGCAAAGACAGGAGUAUGAGCGACAACAGCGCGAAGAGCUGGCUGCAUACAAUGCCUCGUUACCACAGAAGAAACUUCCGCUUGCACAACAGGAAAUCGGUGGUGGUGGCAUUGAUUCGCGAGAUGCGAGUCCUUCAGGCCAGCAGCGUUAUAAUCCAAGUCGCCCAGCUCCAUCUACGCCGGGGGCGCCUAGGAACCAGCAGCAGCAGCAACAGCAGCCUCCAGGGUCUUUGCGCCAGAUGGCCGCGCAACGUCCAGCACCUCCAGCACCACAACAACAAAAUGGCAGUUACAAUACUUCUCCGUCGUCCAAAAUACCGUCUACUCAACAACAGCGCCCUCCUAUUCAGCCGAAUAAUAGUUACAAAGGUUCGCAAAACCAGGUACCACAGGUGCGACCCACCAAUGGCCAGACACAACAACAAAAGCAAUAUCAAGGCUCAUCCGCGGCACCGAAGCCAUUGAACGUGGCUAAGCCUACCGGCGCUCCCGCCAAUGAUGCUGUGAAGAAGGCUGAGCAAGCACUUACCAGCAAGCCUAAAGAGGAGGCUCCACGCAAGGAUGUACGCAUGUCUAGCAUGUCUGAGAGUGAGGUCAUGGCCAAGCUUCGAGAGGUCGUAUCCAAGGAGAAGCCGCUGGACUCAUACAAUAAGCAAAAGAAGAUUGGUCAAGGUGCCAGUGGUUCUGUCUAUGUCGCUCGUAUCCGAGAGGGCGCGACCUCACCAACGGCAAGGCGGGUUAUGCAGGAGAAUGGGCCUCGCGCCCAAGUUGCCAUUAAACAAAUGGACCUCCGCAAUCAGCCCCGUAAAGAGCUCAUCGUGAACGAGAUCAUUGUCAUGAAGGACAGCAAGCAUCCCAACAUUGUCAACUUCUUGGAUGCUUUCUUACAAGAAGAGCAAUCAGAGCUCUGGGUAGUCAUGGAGUUCAUGGAGGGAGGUGCUUUAACUGAUGUCAUCGACAACAACCCUUCUAUUAGUGAAGAUCAGAUUGCUACUAUAAGCUUUGAGACUUGCAAGGGUCUGGAGCAUCUGCACAACCAGAACAUUAUUCAUCGAGACAUCAAGAGUGACAAUGUCCUGCUCGAUGGACGCGGCAAUGUCAAGAUUACUGAUUUUGGCUUCUGUGCCAAGCUCACUGAACAACGCAGCAAGCGUGCAACCAUGGUCGGAACCCCAUACUGGAUGGCACCCGAAGUUGUCAAGCAGAAGGAGUAUGGCAAUAAAGUCGAUAUCUGGUCUCUAGGCAUCAUGGCUAUUGAGAUGAUCGAGUCCGAACCUCCUUAUCUGAACGAAGAACCGCUCAAGGCCUUGUACCUCAUCGCCACUAACGGCACACCUCGUUUGAAGAAGCCGGAUAAGCUAUCAAAGGAGCUCAAGGCGUUCUUGUCAGUCUGCCUCUGUGUUGACGUCAAGUCCCGCGCUAGCGCGUCGGAGUUGAUGAGCCAUGACUUCUUGAAGAGCGGUUGCAGCUUGGCGAGCCUGUCUCAGCUGCUGAACUUCCGAAAAAACGGCAGCCACUAG